CGGUAGUCUGGUCAAAUGACAAAAUUUAAUGUUUGCCCCGGCAUUAUUUGGCUCAUGGUUCAAAUUUAACAGCUCAUGCUACCAAAAUAAAAGUACCCGCCACCACAACUUCGUCCCCGUCGGCAAGUCCUGUUUGCGGGUUUGUAGAAUUGGGUGGUGAAUCAUUACCCAAAGGAUAAAAGUGGAACUUUCCUGAUACAUCUUGGGUGGGUUUCCUCUUAUCAAUUCUCUACUCUCAACUCUACAAGUUCUCAACUGAAACUUUCCAACAAUGCCACUAUUUCAUACCAACAAAGCUUCCUCUCUUCUCUGCAAGCAUGAGAUUUUCUUCUCCUUUCUCUCCGUCCCUAUCUUUUUUUCCUCCUCUUCCUGGUCGCCUUCUUCCUUUCUUCUUUCACGGCUUCGGCAACCCAGAAUUCUUUGUACAGAGGCUCUUCUCUGUCCGUUGAGGAUGAAGCAGACCUUCUCACCUCACCAGACAGUACGUUCACUGCUGGGUUUUACGAGGUGGGUUCAAACUCAAAUGCCUUCUUUUUUUCAAUUUGGUUCACCAACUCGGUGAACAGAACCCCAGUAUGGAUGGCCAACCGAGAAAAGCCUGUGAAUGGCUACCAUUCGAGAGUUUCGCUUCUGGAAGAUGGAAUCAUGGUCCUCACUGAUGAGGACGGCUCCAUUGUAUGGUCCACCAACGAUACCAAGACCAACUGCGAAAAAGCUGAGCUCUUGAACUCUGGAAAUCUCGUCCUGAGAGACCCAGAUGGUCAUAUUCUAUGGCAAAGCUUUGAUUCUCCCACUGAUACACUUCUUCCUCUGCAACCAUUCACCAAGAACACGAAGCUAAUCUCAGCUAAGGGGGAAGGUAUGCACCCUUCUGGAUUUUUUAGCUUCUUUUUUGACAACAACAAUGUUUUGAAGUUAAUGUAUGAUGGGCCCGAGAUUUCCAGCAUAUAUUGGCCAAAUCCUGACAAGGAUAUAUUUCAGAAUGGGAGAACAAAUUACAACAGUAGCAGAAUUGCCAUUCUGGAUGAAAUGGGUAGGUUCUCAUCCAGUGACAGGGCGCGAUUUUCCGCUUCAGAUAUGAGUUUUGGGAUUAAGAGGAGAAUCACAUUGGAUUAUGAUGGUAAUAUGAGACUCUAUAGCUUGAACGAGUCAAAUGGGUCGUGGAACAUCUCAUGGGAAGCUCUCCCGCAGCAAUGCAGGGUACAUGGACUGUGUGGCAGGAAUGGGAUUUGUAUCUAUACACCCAAACCCAAGUGUUGAUGCCCUCCUGGUUACAAAAUGAGUGACCCAAAUGACUGGAACCAAGGCUGCACGCCUAAGUUUGACAGACGCAAUUGCAACCCAAAUCAGGAGGUCAGAUUCGUGGAGCUUCCGCAUACAGAUUUCUAUGGAUUUGACCUUGAUUACAUAGAGCGCAUCUCUUUGGAAACUUGCAUGAUGCGUUGCUCUACCAAUUGCUCUUGUGAGGCUGUUGGCUAUUGGCUAGCAGGGCAAGGAAACUGUUACAUGAAAAGUGCACUGUUCAAUGACAAUUCUCCAAGUUUCGCAGGCACCAUAUAUUUGAAGCUUCCUGAAAGUUUGCAAAUAUCAGAAGACUUUGCCUCCAAAGGAAUUGAUCCCACUUGUGUUUCUGUUAAAUUUCAAACUCUUUCCAAUUCUUCUACUAUGUAUAACAUGCAGGGCAAAAGCACCAAGUGGGUAUAUCUAUAUUCAUUUGCUUCGGUCUUAGGUGCAAUUGAGAUUUUGCUUGUUGGUUCAGGUUGGUGGUUUAUUUUUAGGAGACCUGGAAUGCCAGCAUCAGUGGAGGAUGGAUAUCAAGCAAUAUCCAACCAGUUUAGAAAGUUUAAUUACACAGAGUUGAGGAGGGCAACCAAUACCUUCAAAGAAGAACUGGGCAGGGGAGGUUCUGGAAUUGUUUACAAAGGAGUUUUGGGGGACGGUAGGGAAGUGGCAGUGAAGAAAUUAGGAGAUAUAAUUCAAGGAGAAGAAGAGUUUUGGGCUGAAGUGAGCACAUUUGGGAGGAUCAACCACAUGAAUCUAGUAAGAAUGUGGGGGUUCUGUGCUGAAAAGAUUCAGAGACUUUUGAUCUAUGAGUAUGUGGAGAAUGGGUCACUGGAUAAGCAUUUGUUCUCCAAUUUGCCUACUGUUCUGGGAUGGAAGGAAAGGUUUAAAAUUGCUCUAGGGACAGCCAAGGGUUUGGCAUACCUUCACCAUGAGUGUCUUGAGUGGGUUAUCCAUUGUGAUGUGAAACCUGAAAACAUACUACUGCACCGUGAUUUUGAACCUAAGAUUGCAGAUUUUGGACUAGCAAAAUUGUCUCAAAGAGGUAGACCCGGUUCUGAGUUCUCUAGGAUCCGAGGAACAAAGGGGUACAUGGCUCCAGAGUGGGCACUGAACCUUCCCAUCACUGCAAAGGUUGACGUUUACAGCUAUGGAGUUGUACUUCUUGAGAUUGUCAAAGGGGUUCGGCUUUCAAGUUGGGUCCUAGUGGAUCAGCAAGAGGAGCAAGAGGCAAUGCUCACAAGAUUUAUGAGGGAAGUGAAAAGGAAAAUUGAAAAUGGAGAAGAAUUGUGGGUUGAGGAUAUAGUGGACCCAAGAUUGGAAGGGCAAUUCUGCAGGAACCAGGCAGCAACGAUGGUUGAGAUAGGCAUAUCUUGUCUACAAGAGGAUAGAAGCAAAAGACCACCCAUGGAUGCUGUACUCCAAGCUCUACUGGAGUGUGAAGAUGAACCACUCUGUAUAUCAUAGUAUGAGUAUAUAGUAAACAGUUGACGGGAUACUUUUACGUUACCCUAUUGCCACCUGGUGGUUGUGGGUUCGAAUCAAGAAAUGGCCUCUCCGCAAAGUGGGGGUAAGACUGCGUACAUAUGCCCCUCCCUAGACCCUAUAGUAGCAGGAGCCUCGUGCACUAGGUUCGCCCUUUUUAUACUUCUACAUUACCCUAUCCCCCCUUCCCUUGAUUAAUUACUUUCCAUCACACAAGUGAUUUGUACAUGGAUAUUGUAUCCCAAAUUGUAUUCGAUUGAAAUGUAUAUUGUCCUAGUGUAGACAGCAGUAUAAUUGUAAUGUGUUUUGAUUCCUUACUUUUGACCUAAUGGAAAUUUGUGGUGCCAUAAUCAUGUUCUUCUA